GACGAACCUCCAGUAACAUGUGGCUUUCGGUGUCCCGAAGCACUGGCUGAUAAAAAUCAAAAGGGCACGAAAGAAAGAGACCAGAACACGUACUGUACUGUACAUUACAUCGGUGGGUCCUGAGUUGCUGUGUGCCUACUACAUGUACAGUAGCAAUGCUACAACUACAUCUUGACUACAAUAACCAUAUAGACUUCAAGAGUUGGGGCCUCAGUGUCCCAUAUCCGUGCCUAAUAUGACCAAGUACCGACCAACAUGUCACAAAAUGCGGGAACCAUGGUCCAUUAUCUUCCGACCGCCAGUGAUCGGGACUGGCCUCAGCAGCCGAUGCCAACGCCAGCCAUUGAGGCCAUAUACACAUACACAUCUACCACCCCGGGCCACCAGACAAGUUCACGGUCUUCGCAGCAGCAGCAGCAGCAGCAACAACAACAACAACAACAGUCCAAGUCUUUCAGAAGAAAUGAAAUCGCGCCACAUCCCCACACGCUCUGGCCCAUGGCAGACAUCCAACAUCCACGAUCUCCACCAAUCCCUCAAGGAUCAUCUGGACCUUGAACCGCUCGAGACACCAUCGUUGACAUUAAUUCCACCAGGCUUUCAUCACGUCACGCACAAUAUAAUCGUGGAAGAGUCCCAACUCUGUGAAGACGGUGCGGAAAGGAGACAUGCCCCCGGCAAUGGCGAUGAGUGGAAAUUUCGUGUCUGGGCGGGUGGACAUAUGAAGUUCGCUAUGCCGCUUAUCCACGCGGACACAAACAUCACCGAGUACGUAUGCGGGACGGAAAAGAUCACAAAUGUGCGGGUUCUGGGGGAUCCGAAACGAAGCAAGGAUGCGAAGAUACUGGUUACCUUGACAAAGUCUUAUUUCGGGACAGAGUCAAGCUCAACCCCAGAAUCAGAGACGGAACCAAAGUCAGAUUCAGGCUCCGCUUCUACAUUACUGAUCAGAGAAAACAAACACCUCUGUUUCAUGCGCCAUGUCCCGCCUAGUCUGCAAUCGCCGCUCGCCGGCGCAACCGGAGGACGUAGACUACCGCCCCCUUCAAGUUUUUCGGCUCCUUUCCACGCGCAGACAAUGACGCCCUCGCGCACUCUACUGUUCCGAUUCAGCGCGCUCAGCCAGAACGCGCAUGCCAUUCAUCUCGACGCCGACUUCACCAGACGAGUCUAUGGCAUUCCGAAUCUGUUGGUCCAGGGACCUCUCACUUCAGUGUUGAUGCUCGAGGUCCUCAGGAAAGCCCUGGCACUCUUUGUCCAACAGAGUGGACAGCUACAGAGCUCUCCACUUGUUGUUCGGGAGUUUGAAUACAAGAAUCUGUUGCCCUUGUUUGUCGACGAGCCCAUGACGAUUGCGUGCAAGAGGGCAGAAUCCGGUCAAGGGUCUGCUGCACAGGAUAGGUGGGAUGUUUGGAUUCAAAAGGGACAGGGUGAAAAUGAAAUGCUGGCUGUCAAGGGCAAAGCCCUUGUCGCGCCUGUUCCAGGCCCUCAGAAAGCACAUAAUAACCGAAAUGAAACAGGCAGAUGAGAGGGCUUCGAAAAGGAGAAUCUUCUUAUUUAUUGAGGCGGAAAGUCUUUCUGGAACCUUGUGUCCUGUUUGGCCACCUUGAACACGGGACAACUAGUAAUGUUCAUGCCAGAUGCUGCAUUACGAGUCGAGAGAGAUAUCCGGAAUUUCCCGCCAGGAUGCCUCACGUAUGCUUCCAGCCAUUCCAGGUCAAGAUGUGCUGUUCCGGAAUAAUGCACAUCUGACCAGUCUCCUCCCGUUUCUCAAGAGAAUUCGCACCUUCGGCCUUCCAUUGCUCCAAUUUCCUCGCCACUUCUUUCACCUGAGAAGUCACUCGAGGAGUGAUAUUCCGCUUGAUGCGGUUCAGCCACAUUCCCAUAACAUAUUGGGUUGACGACACAAACGUGUUUCCGGGUUGGAAAUGAGUCAGAUUGUAUGCCUCAACAGUGUAACCCACCCGCACAGCGGGGUUCAGGUAUAUGCCACCGCUUGCAAGGCUCAUGGAGGCCAGACCCUCGUAGAACGGAGUAGUGUCCAUUGUGAUCAUACCAUUCCAGCAUGAGCUGACUCUAGCGGCGCGACCCUCAAGCAAUGCUUGCCGAGAGUCCAAGGAGCGGAAGUAUGGGAAAGAAGCCAUGAUUGUACCAUCUCCUUCGCUAUCCCUUAGCACGAAAGUGUCGUAAUAUGCAGGCGGCGAAUAAAAGUCGAGAGCACAAGCGGCCGAGAACGAGCCUUGGUUUGUGGCGAGCAGAGAGAGGACGUCGCUGGGUCGAAACACGACAUCAUUAAGAAAUAAAAUCUUAUCGAAGUUGUGGCCCUUGGAAUGCAUAUCGAUGAGAGGCUGCAUGGCCUUGUUCCGUAGCCGCGCAAGGUACGGGAUGCGUCUCAGUUCCUUCCCAGCACCUGCUGUUGGGGUCUGUAUCCAGCCUGGGCGCGGGUUGCCCUGUUCGUCGAGGGGACCGGCAGCGAUCUCAUCGGCGUGCGUGGUAGGGUCGAGGACCACAGUGCGCGGAAUUUUGUGGUCGUCGAGGGCCUUAUCCAGAUACCCGAGGAUCUCCUUCGUAUUGUCCAGACUCCCACUCUCGUAUAUGCUCACGUGCACGUUGUCCUUGCCCAGGACUUCGACAAGAUCCAGCAGGGCCUGGC